CCUGCACCCCGCCCCGGAGCAGCACCAUGCCUGCCUGUCGCCUUGGCCCGCUCACCGCUGCCCUCCUCCUAGGCCUGCUGCUGCUGGGCCUCCCCGCGGUCACAGGCACAGGAACAGAGAAACCAGGCGUGUGCCCCCACCUCGACGAGAAGGCGAAGUGCACCAGUGAGUGCAAAUCCGACAGCGAGUGCAAAGACAAUCUCAAGUGCUGCCAGGCGGGCUGCGCCUUCAUCUGCUCCAUGCCCAAUGAAAAGCAGGGCUCCUGUCCACAGAUGAACAGUAGCUUCCCCCAGCUUGGCCUCUGCCAGAACCAGUGCGACAUGGACAGCCAGUGUGAAACCAACAUGAAAUGCUGCCGCAAUGGCUGCGGGAAGAUGACAUGUGCCACACCCAACUUCUGAGCUCCAGCCUGCAGCCUGAGGCGUGGGGAGGGGACGUUUCUGCCUGGCCCUAUGUCUGGCCCCAGCCUGGCUGCCCUCACCUCUUUUUGGCCUCUGCAUACCCCACUGUGCUGCCCACACCAUCUCCCUUUUCCAAUCAAUAAAGUAACCACUUUCAGCA